CUUUCAGAACCAAGGCUUGCUGCAAAGGUACGGGAAGAGCUAAACACGACCAGCUGCAUCCAGAAGUUUGGGAAGCUCGUCAUUAGAUAUUUUUUGCGUAAACUGGACAACAGAACUAAAAAAGGUCUUCAUAGAACCACACUAGUCCCAGAUGAUUAGGACAGAUUUUUCUGUUUUCGACACUCUGAAUAUAAUUUCACAAAAGAUAACAACUUGAAAGCUUUUAAAUCUCUGGGAUUUAGAAAUGGCUGAAGCUCAGAGCACUUCCGAUUGUGGUGGGACAAUAUGUGACGAGCUUGAUGGACAAACAGAUCAUUUUGUGCCACCUACAACCUUAGCUUCAGAUGAAGAACAUAAACUGCCUGACUCAAGCAGCAGCAUUGAUGGAGAAUCUAUCUGUGUAGAGCAAGCAGAAGUUCAAGGGGAUCGUAAACUCCAAAAGAAGGAUAGUGGCAUUGACGUAGAGAAGUCUCCCUCUACCAGCACUAGGGAUGGGCUGUCUUCAGAUGCAGACUGUGGAGACAGCGUCAGUGAGUGUUACAUUGACAGCACAGGCCUGUCGCUGUCACAUUCAGAGUCGGUGAGUGAAACUAAGUCUGAAGACAGCCCUGUCAGGCCAGAGGACAGUGGUGAUAUCUCAUUUUUUCUGGAUAAUGCAGAUUCUUCUCCAAAUAAUGGUAAUGUAGCUACCGACACACAAGACACUGAUGAAGUGGAAAUGGCAGAUUUAGUCACAAGUUCGGGUACAGAUGUUACCGUAGGUGAUGAUGUUGAGGUAGAUGAUUGUAAAGAUGUCAAAGAUGUGUCCUCAAGGCGUAAAAGACACAGGGAAUAUGGACUUUCUUCCAGUAGUGACUCUGACUCAGACAGUGAUGACAGUGUGAGCAGAGGCAGGACUGGAAGACUUUCAGACAAGAAGAAAGACUCAGACACGCAAAGUGAAGAAGACACAGAGAUGUCAGCCAAGCCAUGGCCCAAACACAAAUGGCGUGCCCUCUAUGACUUACGCAAGCGUGAAACAGGACUGACUAAUCGCAUUCCACCAUCCUGCUUCAGAGAGAAGGUGCAGGGAUCCCUGCAGAUGACUCAGCGACUGAAGCUCCAGUACCGGAUGGAGUAUCAUGAAGGAUGUGUCAAUGCUUUGCAUUUUAAUCGUAUAGGUACACUUCUUGCAAGUGGAUCAGAUGACUUGCACAUUGUCUUAUGGAAUUGGGUACGGAACCGAAAAGCUCUAGUCUAUGACAGUGGUCAUCGCAGCAAUGUCUUUCAGGCAAAGUUCAUGCCUUUUAGUGGGGACUGUCAUGUAGUGAGCUGUGCUCGUGAUGGUCAGGUACGAUUGGCAGAGUUAUCUUUAACUGGAAGAUGCAAGAACACAAAGCGUCUUGCCCAGCAUCGUGGUGCUGCACAUAAGCUUGCACUGGAAUAUGACUCACCACAUGUGUUUUUGAGCUGCGGGGAAGAUGCUCUGACCUAUGAAAUAGACCUGCGAGAAGAUAAACCUCACAAGCUGGUGGUGACAAAAGAAAAUGACACCAAAGUUGCACUUUACUCCAUUCAUUCAAAUCCAGUCAAUUCUUAUGAAUUUUGCACUGGGGGACGUGACCAUUAUAUCCGAGUCUACGACAAACGAAAGAUAGCUGAAGGCGUAAAUGGAGGAGUUCUUAAAAAGUUUUGUCCAGAGCAUCUGGUAAACAGUCAUGUAAGUGUGAAAGCCAACGUAACUUGUGCAUGCUACAACUACAAUGGCACAGAGAUUCUGGGCAGCUACAAUGAUGAAGACAUCUAUCUGUUUGAUAACCGUCAUUCUGAUGGUGCCAGCCAUAUCCACAGAUACAUUGGACAUCGUAACAAUGCUACAGUAAAAGGUGUCAAUUUCUAUGGCCCGCGAAGUGAAUUCAUUGUGAGUGGCAGCGACUGUGGUCAUGUCUUCAUAUGGGACAAGGAGACAGAACGUAUUGCUCAGUUUAUGGAAGCAGAUGAUUGCGGUGUGGUUAAUUGCUUGGAGCCUCAUCCCUUUGCACCUGUUCUGGCUACUAGUGGCCUAGAUCAUGAUGUAAAGAUCUGGGCACCCACCUCACAUCAACCUACAAAUCUCAGCGGCCUUGCUAAGGUAACUAGAAAGAACAAACGAGAACGAGAGAGGGACAGAAGCCAUGAACCUGAGAUGAUUGACGGCCAGAUGCUGUGGCACAUCAUGCAUCAUUUCCGCCGUUCAGCCAGACGAAGGCAGCUGCGACAGGAAGGGGAAGAUGUGUCCAGCUCCAGUGACAACAGUGAUUCUGAUUCAAAUGAUGAUGACGAGGGCAUGCCAGACCGCAUGCAGUGCCAUACCUCAUAAUGCUCAUAUCAAGCUUCAGAAAGGAAUGAGUGGGCAGAAGGGGAUACAGAAAUGGGAUGGAGUUCAGGUUUCAGUAGGGGAUGGGGGCAGAGUGGGAUGAAAUUCAGCCUAAGAGGCCAGAUAGUAUGUACAGGAGUUGCUAGACAAUACAUGUACAAAGUUUGGCAUGCUAGAUAAGAUAGAUGUGUUUUGAUGUCUAGUGAAAGAGUUUGCAUUUGCGUUCAUGUCAACUCUGUUAGUCAGUUACCACUGGUCUGUCAGGUGGCCGUGCAGUGUACUCAUUUGCUACUGGUGCUGACAACUUUUUUGGCUAUUUGUUUGUCCACAAAUGGUGUUAUGAGUGACAAAAGUUUAGACUGUGAUGGCCUUGAGGCAAGACUAUACAAUAUUGGGGAUGUGUUCAUGCAUGAAUGGGUUAAGUGGCAGGCCAGUGCUCCUUUCUCAUGACUUGGUUGACAAAAGACAUUACAUGGGGUAAAGUGAUGAUGCAUGUGCUGCCCCAGUAUAAUAGCUUUUCCACUUCAAGACUUGAUGUGAUAUGAAAAUUGAUCUUGUACAUUUACAGUAACAUGUUGUGUGCAAGUUUUUCCCCCAAAGAAUGUUAAAAAGAAAAAGAAUGGUGUGAGGUGUUUUUGUAAACUGUUUAGGGAAAUUUGUUUUUGUUGGUGUGUCAGAAUGUUUCUAUGUGAGAUUCAGAUUACAACACAGGCUGCAUUUUCAUAGGUUGAUUCCAAAAUCUUUCACCAGCAGCUAGUGAAUUUUUAUGGGCAGUUUGUUAAAUAAUGUUGGCAUCAGAAUAUGAAAACCUUUUUUAUACAAAGCAAGUAAGGAUUACUUGCCAGCAAGAUCAUGAGCUAUGUUUUGUCAGAGGUCAUAAGACAUAACAAGUUCAAAGAUGUAGGUUGCAUAAUUUUCUCUCAACAUUUAGUGAACCUUGGAGUCCUCUCUCACCUUCUAUAUCUUUGAAAGUGUUUAUAGAGGCAGGUCUUUGAAUCUUUAAUUGAGGCAAAGAUUUUUGCAUGCAAGAUUUUGGUUGCUAGUAGAUCAUUCAGUUUUUAGAAGGUUUGAGGAAAUCAUUAGUUUAGUUUAUUCCUUGUUGCUCUUUUGAGGAAAACAGGGCUGCAACAAGACCUUGCCAGCUUACCUGGUUUUGGGCAGCCCCUUUCAGUUGGGCCCAUGUGGUUCCAAUGUCCUUUGCCUCACUUUCUACUGUUUUUUGUUUUUUCCAAGUCUGCUUUGGUCUCCCAACUCUCCUCUUCCCCUGAGGGUUCCAGUCAAGUGCAUGCUUGGCAAUGGUGUCAGCUGGUUUGCGCAGGGUGUGUCCUAUCCAGCCCCAUUUGCACUUUUUGAUGUCUUGGUUAGUGGCAUUCUAUUCCACAGGCUACUGUUGAGAUCUUUUCAGGCCAUCUUAUUCCCAGAAUAUGGCUUAGGCAUAGGGAAGAAAUCAUACUACAACUACAACCUUUUAUUGUAAAACGGCAAUGCUUUACAUUAUGUUUUACAUGUGUCAGGGUCAUCUGUACACAAGUCCUCAGCAUUGUGUCAUAAAGAAACCGUUUUGUGAGAGCUCCCAUAAAAAAGUUAACAAAUAAGAUCACAUGCCGUAAAGAAUUUUAUGAAAGCACACCUUGAACAGAUUCUAAUGGCAUUGUGUUAAAGUGUUCAGCUAUGGUUAAUCUCUUCUUGAGGAAGGUAGCUUUAUGUCGGUGCAGAAGAAUUGGAAAAAAAGUGUUCCCUGCUCUGAAUUUCAGCUUUCCAUUUUGAGUAAAUUCCAUGUUAAGUGAAUGGUGAUUUUGCACAGUCUAGAAUUGGUAUUCAAUUGCUAAAGAUUUUUAUGUUCAGUACAUGUCGUUUACUUUAUGUAAAUGUGAUUGUGUGAAGAUAAAGAAAUUGUCUACUCAGUAUUAAUGUAAUGAAUUUAGCCCAGCUGUUUGACAGCAACUCUCUAUUCUAGUAAAUCAGUCACAUUAAAGAUCUAAUUGGUGAGUCUUCUUGUAAGAAUUAUUUCUUAAUAGCAUCUUUGAUAGGUAAGGGGGCCGGUUCCCCUGAAUUGACUGCAGCCUAACAAUAAAAUACUGUCAGCAGUUUAGAAGGCAAAUAUUAUCAUGAAUGUCUGCAGUGAUUUGACCAGGCUUCCUCUAGCCAUGGCACUUGCUGUAAGAAAAACAUGUAAUAUCAUGCAAAUAAAAUCAGUUCUAGAUUGGAAAGAGGGGGAGGUAAGACAGGAGGAUGGUUUUUCGCCAGUCUCCCAAAAAUUUUGGGAAGCUUUUUCAUAGCUGGGGAAUAUGAAAACUUAAAAUAUCCAGAAGUUGAAGAAGUGCCAAUGAUGGAAGCAUGUUGGAGUUUGUGUGAUCGACGCCAGCAUUUGUGUUUCCUUUCUAAUGUCAGUGAGAAAGCAUGUUCUGUAUAUGUACAUGAUGCUAUAUUGAUAUGUGUAUAUACAAAUAAGUGUUGUUAAAAACUGUUUCUUUCAAUUUGACCUAUUAUAAAACAGCUUGAGAAUUAAAUAAAAAAUCAAAUGGC